UGUGUCCUGCAACCUCAAGCUUGUUUAUUAGCUCUAAUGAUUUGUUUUGUGGAUUCUUUAGCCUGUUACUAUGAUGGAUUAUUACAUAGACUGAUUUUUUUGAACCAGACUUGCAUCCCUGGAAUAAAAUCCAGUUGGUCAAGAACUUCAGUGUGGAGAAAAUCAGGUCCAUCUACCACAGAGAGAGCUGGCAAUCUAUUCCUGGGAAAGACAAGCUCCAUUGCUGAGUUUUCGGCGGAUGACUAUUUCGAACCUCUAAUCAAACCUGAAGUGAUUGGUUUCGUAAUCCGCACUGUUAAUAUUCUCAGUCAUACCCUGUGUAUCUGUAGGGGACUUUCUAAUUUUCAAAAUAGACUGAAUUUUUUGUCGUUUAUUACUCCUCCCACUCCAACCCCUGUGUGGAAGUGUCUUACAGGCAAGCUUAAUGUUUGUUGGAGGAAAGAAAGAAGAAUACCAGCUAACAUUUUUUUAGUGCUUCCUAAGUGCUUUUUGUCACACGCAUUAUCUCAUGAUCUCCUCUAAUAUAUUCUUCGCAGCAACCCUCCCACGUCAGUACUGCUAUUUACAGGGGGGGAAACUGAGGCUCAGAGGAAUUAAGUAACUUGGCCAAGGCCAGAACGUUGUUAAGCUUAGGAGCCCAGGAAUGAGCAAAAUGCAGAGCACAGGUUGUCUCCAUUUUAUGGACGGUCAGAUGCGUCAGGGUUGACGACAAAUUGGCCUGGGAACUCCGCGCAUCUUCCUCCACGGAGCUCCCUCCACGUACAUUGCACAGUCUAAGGCUGGAAAGCUUGCGUGUAGGAAGGAAAAAGUUGUGUGCUUUUUUACCCUCUUUCCCGGACUCGCGUGGGAAAUUCCGCCCUCGUCUCCAUGGAAACCGGCGUCGGUCGCGGCUGCCGUUAAGGGCGGGGCUCGCGGCCGCAGCUCCUCCCCCGGUUUGCAAAAGUUCCCAGGCGGGGAGCAGUCACUGUCACCCCGUCACCUCUCCUUUCCUCUUUUCGGCUGCCUUCCCUUUCCGUUGUUCUUUCGUGCCCCAAACCACAUCCUGGAGGCCGCUCUUCUGCACCGUCCUCAGUGGAGCCUGCGCACCCGGCGUCCCGGCGGGGGAGCAGCGCGAACCCGGCGUCCCGGCGGGGGAGCAGCGCCUCGCGGCCUCCCUCUCCGCCGCCCCCCCCCGCCCCCCCCCCGGGCCCAUCCCUCCGCUGCGCUGAUUGGCCGCUCCCGGGCCAUCCCCCAGCCGUGGGCAGGCAGGGUCCUCUGCCCAGCGGAAAGUUUUCCGAGUCGGGAGGAAGUUGGACCUUUGGAGACUCCCAGACGGCGGCUCCCGAGGCUGCAGGGGGCUGGGCGGCCAUGGAAGAGCCCCCUUUGCGAGAAGAGGAAGGGGAGGAAGAAGAAGAGGAGGGUGACGAGGCUGGGCCCGAGGGGGCUCUGAGGAAGAGCCCCUUCCAGCUGACCGUGGAGGACGUGUAUGACAUCUCCUACGUGGUGGGCCGCGAGCUGAUGGCCCUGGGCAGCGACCCGCGGGUGACACAGCUGCAGUUCAAAAUUGUCCGCGUCCUGGAGAUGCUGGAGACGCUGGUGAAUGAGGGCAACCUCGCGGUGGAGGAGCUGAGAAUGGAGCGGGACAACCUCAGGAAGGAGGUGGAGAGGCUGCGGAGAGAGGGCUCCGCGGCCACCCGCGAGGUAAACCUGGGACCAGAGAAGAUGGUGGUUGACCUGACGGAUCCCAACCGACCACGCUUCACUCUGCAGGAACUGAGGGACGUGCUUCAGGAGCGCAACAAGCUCAAGUCCCAGCUGCUGGUGGUACAGGAAGAGCUGCAGUGUUACAAGAGUGGCCUGAUUCCAGCGAGAGAAGGUCCAGGAGGAAGAAGAGAAAAGGAUACGCUGGUUGCCAGGGCCAACAAUGCCAGCAGCAACAGGGAGGAGAAGACAAUCAUCAGGAAGCUGUUCUCUUUCCGAUCAGGGAAGCAGACAUAGUUCAAAGUGGUUCUCAGACUCGAGAAGACCACCCGCCAAGAAGACUUCCCAAAUCAUCUCAGUGCCACGCAGACACGCUGUCCUUGCUCAUUUGUUGCCCCUCAAAGCCAGCCCAAGAAGGAGGAAGUGAAGGUCUCGCAUGGUCGCUUUUUCCUGGCUGCAGAACUGGACACCCCAAAGGCUUGGCUAGGGUAGGGGAAGUGGCUCCGAGAAAUCGAGAAAGCAGAGAGAGAGGAGAGCACACCUGGGCCACUUCCUGCCCACUUCAACCACCCAGAGGGGCCUCCAGUGUUCUGCUUUUCUGGACCCACAGACAACCUUGGUCUUUACCAUGUAGCAGCAACAAACAUCAGCCCACGGGGAGAGAGGAGAAGAGAAUUCCAGAAAUUAUGGUGUUGACAUUCCAGUGAUGAUUUCGGUGAUACGUUUUGACUACCUGAUUUUGCUAACAUGACUUUCUUCAUGUGAUUUUGUAUUAAAGUAAAAUGACUUUCAUA